AUGGGACACACUGAAUCGAAGGAUGAAUUAGCACCCGAAACAAAACCAGAGGUGAAAGAGGAAGAAAGUCUAAACGGAGUGUUACGGGAACUGCGUGCGUUACAAACACAACCUACCAAUCACCUCAUAGCUGACAGGUCAUGCGUACUAGAAAACGCAUUUUCUUACUUCAAGUCGGGUAAAUCUGAGUUGUCGCCCUUGGAAGUGUCAAUGGUUACUUCUGGGUAUAGCGAGCAUGCAAAGGAGCAAGGUGGGCCGAUGAGAGAGUUUUUUUCGUUGUUCUUUAAAGAGGUUUUGAGAAAGGAUAUCGACAUGUUUGAAGGGCAAGACCAUGGCCAACAACUCUUUCCGGUCAACAAUGCGCGCGCAAUAGAAAAUCACUGGUUUCACGCUCUAGGAAAAGCGAUUGUUGUCUCCACGAUGUCUGGUGGACCAGGAUUUCCGUACCUCGCGCCUAUAGUUGUCCAGUAUCUGCGAGGUUUGGAAUGUGAGCAUGACCUGAAUAUCAGUAUGGUGCAAAACAUGCUGCUAAGGCAAUUGAUCAAAAGGAUAAACAAUGCUGCGGACGGUGAUCAGCUGCAGGAUGCUGUUGACUCAGACGUGGAGAGGUACAUAGACAACUGCGGCUGGCCAAGACCCAAUAUGAUAACAAUAUCAAAUCGGUUAGAACUUACGCAGUAUCUUCUAAAAUGGGAGAUACUAUCUAAACGAUUCGCCGCCCUUGAACAGCUUAAACACGGUCUGAACACGUUGCAAUUUCUCGACAAGACACGCGAUCUUCAUGAAGUGGAAAAAAUUCUGCAAGCUGAGAACGGCGACCAUGCAACAGCUGAAUAUUUGAAGGAAUCAUUAACGAAAGAAAUCGGGCGCCUGAAUCCCCGCUCGGAGAGAGAAACCAAUGCGAAGGAUUUCACGCUGAAAUGCCUCCCAGCAAACAAAAGACAUUCCGAGGCUGUCAGUCUGUUUCAUUUCAUAACGGGUAUGUCGUCACUUCCGGUCAACGGCAUCCCCCUCGAAGUCGAGUUCAACCGCGUGGAUCCUUCCUCGGAGCUUCCACAGGCGAUCACGUGCAUCCAGCGGCUCCGAAUCCCCCUAGGAAACGAGACCGCCAUCGCAUUUUACUCCUCCUUUCACAAGGCAUUGACUCACGGGCAAUACGGGUUCGGUCGGUCAGAACGAUCGUAACGUGGAUUUACACGUAAUUACUUCCUAUCGCUUAACGCUCGAUUUGUCAUUGUCGGCUCGGGUACUACUUUCAUGUAACCCGGGUACUCUUAAGUAUACUUAUACCUAUACUUACACCCGACUAUGACCAAUCGAGCCUUCCUAUCACUCCCAACCAUUAACGGGACACAUUCUUACUAAAGUGAACUUAGAUCACUUACCACUUGACUUCUCACAUACAAUAGCAGG